GCUGGCAAUGCUUCAAUAGCAAUAGAGAGCAAGAGUGUUUCUUGUUGCUUUUCAUCUUCCCAAAGAUCCGAGGCUCGCCGUUAUUUGUAUCUUUCACAAAACCCGUGAUUGGAUCAUGACGUCAGUCACAUGAUCUAACUUCUACUACUGGUAUAAGAGAGCACGUUCGUCGACAAGUCCUCAAACUGCAAACCAGAAGUGAUCCUUCAUCCUUGAAGGAGCUUUCGUUCUGUUCUGAAGGCAAGGGCGGUACAUGUACAGGUCGUAAGAUGGCAGGGGAUAGCAGUGUCCCAACAAUAGCCACCAGCAUGGCAAAUUCUAGCGCCUCAUUGGAGCAGAUGGAGUCGGAUCAGCAGGAGACAAUCGAUGGACUCAAUGAGAGAAAGAAAGACCUAAUAGAGGAACCAGAUACAAGUACCAACCCCGACACAGCGAUUCCGAACAAGUAUAAGCACAUUCUUCCCAAAGACUACAAACCCGGAAUUUUUGAUUUUGUGAUUGGUCGCGAUGCACCGAUCAAACAACAUGCUGGUAAUUUUUGGGUGUACCAACAAAUUCGCGCCAUUGCAGAGGACUAUGUUCGCGGCGACAAAACUCGCAAGUUCCUGCUAGUGAAUCAGUUGGUCCAUCAAGUUCUUGAAAAAUCUCCCAACGCUGGAUUUGUCAUUCUCGAUAUUGUCUCCGGCAGGUGGUAUGCCGUGGAAGAGUAUCAGGCUCGUGCUGGAGUCUCUCAGGUGAUUCAUGAAUAUCUCGACAACGACUACAACAACAAGACUAGUCGUCACCAAGAGCAACAGCGGGAGUCGAAAACUGUCCCUCCAAGUCCAAGUCCAACCCCAGCAACAAUUACCAGUGCUCAUGCUGGUACAGAUAGCACUUCCAAUGAGACAACCCAAAGCAAUCAGCAGAAAACGCCAAAGAGCUCGCUAAAGUAUCCCAAGGGAACGAAAGUACGGAAACACUUUCCGGAAUUUGGUUGGUUCCGAGGGAGAGUGAUGGACUUCAGUGGAGAGAACUAUUAUGUGAUAUAUGAAGAUGGCGAUGCAGAAGAUCUAUCAGAAGCAGAGCUGGAGAAAGUAUUGGAUGAGAACUCAUCGUCACAACAAGAACAGCCCACAAAUCCAGAACAGCAGAAGCAUCAAUCUGCAGCUACUGCUGGUGUAACACCAACUAGAAACAAUUCCAAGGAGGCGGUGCGUACCAGCGACAACGCAGACAAGAAUGACAAGGAAGACGAAGACUAUGUUGAUCAACUAGAAGACGAAAUAGACGAAGACAAGGCCAUGGAAGAGGCGAUCCUCAGAACUCUCCAACCAUCAUUGCACGAACAGCAGAACAAUCCAGAACAGCAGCAACGGCAACAACAUGCUACAGUUGACCCAGCGAAAGCAUGGCUGGAUGGAUUUGAUUACAUACUCAAAUUCAAAGACUGCCAUGGACACAUGAACAUCCCACCUUGGGGUCAACAUCGAGCGUUGCACCUGUGGAUACAAAAGCAGGUCAAUGCAUAUCAUGAGGGCAACUUGACUCCUCAACAGCAACUCUGUAUUGGAGACAUUGGGGUGCUUGAAACCUUCACAUACAGAUCCCUCGAUGACUGUGAGAAUUCAAUAACAACAGCAACAACAACAGCAAAGCAUAUCUCCAAAACAGUGGAUGCACAGAACAAACCAAUCAGCACUACUCUCAACGACCGUCCUAAAGGUGACAACACACUCCAAGAGCCACAACCGCAGCCACAACAAAAGCAAUUGCAGAGAAUAGGAAUAGAAAACCAAAAUCGUUCAAUGCAGCGGCAAAUGCCAGUUACCAAUGGUCAUGCCAACAGCCAGGGAAGUCUAGUAAAUGAUAGGCAAAGCCUUCCCCAGAUGCAACCACACUACCAACAGCAAGUGCCGCCACAACAACGAGGAGGGGGAUCCUCUUGCGCCAUUGCCGGUAAGAACCAACAGAAUCACAGCCACAACGCACAAAACCAACCUCACAUACAGCCAACCGAAGCAAGGCGCGCUGUGAACAAUAUGCAACAGCUUGUCUUGCAGGAUCAAAUGAGGCGGGAACCAGAUACGAGAGAAACAUAUCUCAAUCGUCUGGAAGCAAUCCGGCAAUGGAGCACCCAGACCACGGAUGGUCAAGUCCAGCGUCAAUGUCAGUUGCAACAAGAGCACCCAAUGGUCCUCAAUGGUGAAAGCAACAACGAAAAUAGCCUUGGUCAUCGCGAAGGCCCACAGCAACAAGCUUUCAUGGCCCAGCAACAGCAGCAAAGACAACUUGUGCAACACUUGGCAAAGGUGGUGCAACGACAACAGCAGCGCAUCCAAGAGCUUACUGCCGCACGGAACAAUGAACAGCAACAACAACAGCAGCUGGCCAAUAAACAUAUGCAAACUUGCGCAACCGCAGCAAGGUUGCAGGAACAAUUGAAUGCAACAACUCAGCAACAAAAACAGCAAGUCAAAGAGCACCAAGAAGCACUUGCAACCACAUUAAUGGCUGCCAAUGUGAUUAACAGCAUGAAAGCGCAACUUCAAGAGCAAGGGAAACAACUUCGAUCUCAUGAACAGGUCAUUUUCCAAAUGGGAUCGCUCAUUGGGGCGAUUGCUGGAGAUGUAAAACAACUCAAAGAGCACGCGACAGUCAGCACCACGCAAGGCCUGCCUUUGGCUGGUGUCAGAGCUAUGGCGCAGAACCACGGUCAGUCUGGUACAAAUGCGGUGCAAUCAAGAAACAAGCAGCAUGACAAUACUGCAAGAGUCCAAGCUGGAGCCAAACGAAGAGAGGAAUCGUUUGACACAGGUGCGGUGGCGUCACCGAAACGACAACGACUUUACGACCAGGCCUUGCGGGCUGGUGGGGACGGCCAACUAGUGGCCGAGUUGGCUAUGUUGUUGGACAAUGAAAACGACAAGAAACUACCCGCGAACAGUGGGCGGGAGUCAUCCUUUAAUAGUGACAACAGUGAGGAAGUGGAGGCAGUUGUGGAGAUGGAUGGAAGAGUUGUCAUUUGAAUCUUCAAUCGACGCUCUCGUUUGGUUUGUUCCCAGUCUGUUGUGUACAGAGCACAAUAAAUAGUCAGGUCUCUGUAACUUGACCGCGAUUAUCCCACUAAUAGCAUGGAUUCUGGCCAGUGGGAGGCAUCUUGCCCCUCGAAUCCAGAACGCGCGCACCUCGGUACCGCUAGACCCCUUGUAUUGUACCGUAUGCUGCGUUGCCAGACACCGUUCCACGUUGCCUCUCCCCCAUCACCACCACGCGAACCAACCCCUUGUAGCUUCUCUCUCGGUGGAGUCUUGAUCCUGCCUUUCAACGUCCUGACAAAUGUAUUUCGCAUCUGGGUGAGCACUUUCCUCGUCAGCCGCUGCUGCAAGGUAUUCAUGGGCAAAGAUGGUGGUCAUGCGAUCCCGAAAAGGCUUCACUUGCAGAAUCAUCAGGGUGAGUUCCGUGAGUCUAGCCCUUACCAAGUUGUUUGUGUCUUCGUGCUUGCUGUUCUCGUUGGUGGGGUGGUUCCGGAGAGAUGCCUUCUGCACUUCCGUGGGAUCUUUGGUAUUGGAACAGAUCAAGGCCACAAUGCUUUCAACGUUGCUUUCCUUGGCAACGUUCUUUUUACAAAGGAGGCGUUUGACCUCUAUGACUUUGGGAAACAGGAGAGCAGCGACGUUGUCCAGGGGUGGCCGUUGAGAUUGCUUGCAGAGAGUCCCAUCAAUCUUCCACGAUAUAUCCUUUGGCUUCUUUGCUUCUGGGUCAUGAACGGUGUCCACAAGAACGGUCAAGACAGCAAUGGCGGGGAUUGCUUGGAAAAUGGAUGGAUCCAUGCAUUCCACCUGUUCGAUUGUUAUCCAUCCCUUCUCCAACAAAUCAAAUGUAGUCUGAAUGCACUGCUUCGCAAAUCGAUCCCAAUAGGCAUUGGUCGCCAUUCUACGUUCACCCCCGGUGAUUGUUCUGGCGGUUGUCCGCUGAGGGUUGUCAACGUUUUUGUAUGGAUUGGUCUCCGGAAGACACGGGAUAGCACUGAUCGAUCGCUCAAGCCCAAAGAUAUCCCAAGUGUCGAUUUCAUGAAGGAGAACAAGGGGUUCAUACAACCCUGCAACGAAGCCAUGUUGGACCAAGACAGGAGGAACCCUAAAUGCAAUCAAAGUGCCUUUCAAGAUGGCCGAUCCUGACUGGACCAAGACUGCAAUCGGCGCAACAAUAAUUGUAGCUCCAACAUAGUAGACCACUUGACAACAAAGAAAGGGAUCCCUUGGGCCAAGCCUGGACAAACUCUCAAAACAAACCGCCCACCUGGAAAGGUAACCAGGAACAAUCUUGACUAUGGUAAUCCACAUUGACCCGAUGAGGCAAGCCGGCAAAGACACCGCCAACAGCACCAUGGACCCCAGAAGAUUUAUCCGCCACCGAACGAUUCCAUAAGUCUCUCCUUCCCAAUUCAACGGAACUCCCAUCGGUUGCUGCAGAUCUGUAAAAUCUGCCUGCUUUCGAUUGUAUCUUGCCAUGGCACCGUUAAAGUCGAAUCCUAGCAAUCCAUCUGUGGUAGUGAAUAUCAUUAACAAUGUGGAGAAGAACAACCAAACAGAAAAUGCAACGUUGGCAAUGGGCAGCAUGAACAGGGCCAAUAUCUUGAAAUCCCAUUCCAAAGAGACGUUGGACAACACAAUCUUUGCCAAACAGUAAAGGUUAACGGGGAAUCGGACGAGGGUGAUGAGGAAGAUGGCGACGGCAAACAAAAUGAAACUUAGCGGCCAGAGGAGGAGAAGUAGGAUCAUGCCGCAUGCGCAGAGUGGUAUCAGCACUGGUGCCAGAGGUAGCAGCGCACAGCAACAACAGAGGGCCAGAGGGCAACAAAUUUCCCAUGUGUUGGUGAUGGUUGCA